AUGUCAAAUACACGUGAGAUUAUCAGUCUCCAGUUUGGACAUUAUUCGAAUUUCGUUGGGACCCAUUUUUGGAAUUUACAAGAAAAAAGUUUUAGUUAUACAACUCCUGAAUUAGAAAUUAAUCACGAUGUACUCUAUCGAGAAGGGCUUAAUCAUCGGAAUGAAGUUACUUAUACUCCACGUCUUUUAUUGGUCGAUUUGAAAGGAAGUUUAAAACAUUUAUCACAAUUAGGUGGUUUAUAUAACGAUGAUGUAGAAGAUAACCCAGAAUCAAUUGUCACGUGGGAUUCUUCAAAAACAGAAGUGAAAAAAGAAGAAAAAAUACCUAAAAAUAAAUUCCAAGAAUCGUUGGAUAAAAAUACAGACUCUGAAUCUUCACAUAUACUUACUGACGAAGAAGUUGAUGUAUGGUCCGAUUACUUGUAUGGUAGAUUCCACCAGUCCACAAUUAAUUUGAUAGAAGAAUACCAGCAUAAAAAUGAACAUGCCUCUCAAUUUGAUACAUUCACAUGUGGUUCAGAGCUCUGGAAAACUGACCGUUAUUCAGAAGAUUUUACAGAUAAAAUUCGAUUAUAUGCUGAGGAUUGUGAUAAUAUGCAAGGAUUUCAAAUAUUUUUAGAUUCCACUGAUGGUUUUAGUGGAUUUGGAUCAAAUUGCAUUGAUUAUUUACGUGAUGAAUAUGAAAAUAAAUCGAUUUUAACAAUACCAUUAAUUGGUUCGUUUGAAAAAGAAGAUGAUUUUUUGGAUUUUAAAGAAAAGAAUACAGUUAAUCAAAAAAAUUUAACAAGACAAAUUAAUACAGCAUUAACAAUUAGUAGUAUAUGUGAGCCAAGCUCAUUAGUCAUACCGAUGUCAAUGUGUAAAAAUGGUUGGCGCACCAAAUUACCUCGUUCAUUCUCAUAUCUAAAUUACAAUAUUGACUCAAAUUAUCAUACCAGUGCAAUCAUAGCUUCAUGUAUAGAUACUUUUUCUUUACGAUACCGUACACGUAAUACAAGUAAUCCAUCAUAUUUAUAUCAUUUAUGUAAUGAUUUAAACGGUGUAGGACGUAAAGUAGCUGCAGCCAGUAUUAAUUUUCCAUUUGGUAUUAAAGAAAAUGAACAUUUUAUCGAUUGCUUAGAUACUUGGGAAGGACCAUUAUGGAAUUCAUUAACACCACGAUAUGAGAUAGAUGUAGAUCGUUGUUUACAAAGUAUUAGUUUACGAGGCAUUCCAGAAUCUAGAUUAAAAGGGCCACGAAUUGAGAGUAAUAAACAAGUUAUUAUGCCUAGUUAUAGAUGUAGUGAUAUACGUGAAAUGUUACUAUUUUAUUUGUCGUGUACAUCAUAUGCGACGGCUAGUACUGUUACGAAUAUAUUGAAACCUGUCAAUGUAAAACAACCGUAUCCUGAUAUAUUCACAGAGAAUGUUUCUAUAUAUGGAGAUAUAUCGGAACAAAAACGAGAAAAAAAUCAGCAUGUUGAAAGUGCUCCUGUAAUAGCAGGUGUCCAUUCCAGCACUAACUUAGGCACUAUGUUGGAAACAUUACAUCGAGAAACUGAUCGAUUGAAAAUAUCACGCAUUGAUAAAUUCUUCUCAUCUGGAGGUUUAGAAAUUGAUGAAUACAAAGAAAAAAUUAAUGGAAUUAUGGACUUGCGAGAAAACUAUGUCGAUGAACAUUUUUUAUAAUUAUAAUUCUUUAAAAUAUA